AUGUCUAAGAAAAAUUUUUCUUUACACUCGCUCUCCUUAAAAGAAAUGUCGAUUUUAAACAAGGUACAGAAUUAUUAUCAGAGUAAUGGAGACAUAACUGGCAAAACGAGACACAAUCAUUCCCUUGCCCAUAAUUUUAACUCCUCAAUAGAAAAAAUGAAAUACGGGACCCCUACAUGUAAGUACUAUACAGCCACACAUAAUGAUAACAAUCCAACAUGUUUACCUGGCAAAGAGCACGAAAUUGAAAACUUCGAUCUUGUAGAAAGUGCAAUAAAUUGGGAGAACAACACUGACGAUAAUGGUGACAAUGAUAAUGAUGAUGACGAUGAUGCAUAUAAUAUGGGGAACGUGAUAAAGAACCAACCAAAUGGACUGUGCGAAAACGUAAAAAAAACGAAACGUAAAAUGUGUAAAAGUUUAAUAGAAAAAAGAGAAUUAAUUAACUCACAUAAUUUUUUUCAAAAUGCAUUUGAAAAAAAAAAAAAAAAAAAUAAUCAUCAAAAAUUUAAUAGCAUAAUUGGUGAAAAAAGAUCAACUGAAUCUUUUAUGAAUUUUCCUAAUAAUGUCCAUAAUACUAAAUUUGUUAACCCAGUUACAAAAGAAAUUCCCCAUUUUCUCAUCACAUUCAAAGAAUCUUUACUUAGUAGAAGUCAUAAAAAAUGUACACCUAAAAAAAAAAUCCCAUUAAUGAAACACUAUAACGAUAAUGUAACUACAAAUGAACUUUUAGGAAAUCUAUUUGAGAGCAAAAUUGGACAAAAGUUAUUAAAAAAGAGGUAUCAAUUUAAAAAUAAUAACAUUCGUAUUUCCAUUUUUAGAGAUAUAAAUGAUAAUUGUAUAAAAUUUCUUAAGAGAAGGAUAACUAAGUCUAAAAUUCGUGCUUUGUUUAAAUUGCAAAAAGGGGAAGAAAUAAAAGGAAUUGCCAACCCUUUUGCCAAAAUUAUGCUCAAGUACAAAACCCCUCUAAUUUGGAAAACAAAAUGGGAAACAAAAUAUUAUGAACAUCAUGCACGCUCUUAUGAAGAAUCGAAACUAACGAAAACGCGAAAUAUAUGUACUCAUAAAAUGAAAGAAAAUAGUUCUUUUAUCAAAAGAAUAAAGAUAAGAAAUCAAAGUGGAACAUUUCCCUAUGUAAGUAACUCAAUUCAGGAAAGGAACACUGAUAUUCACCCCAGUUCUGACAACAAUAUUGCACUUUUAAAGUUGGAUCAAGAAAGGACAGCGAUGAAACUAUUAAAAGAUGAACAUUUGGAGAAACAUGGAAAUAGUCAAUCGUCAUUUAUAGAAUGUCCCACCAAAUGUGAUAUCGUCGAUUCUUACCUGAACGGUAAUACAGAAUACUUUGAGCAAAAUUUUAUGGAGGAAGAAUUUUGUGAGAAAAGUGCAUCUGAGACUAAUAUGUUAGGAGAAAAUAAUUCUGCAGAAAUAUUUUCUGAGUCUCAACUUUGUGAAUCCAAUUUUUCCUUAGAUGAGUCUAUAAAAACACUUAUAAACAACUGCAAUAACAUUCUUAACAAGCAAUCGAGGAGCGACAUCCAUGAUGAUUUUACUCAAAUGAAUAAGACAAGGAUUAGGAAGAAAGAGGGAGAAUUUUCUUCCCCCCACCAUCAUCUGCACAGCUACAACCAAAUUAAAACUGUUAUUGCAGAUUCAGUUAUGAAGCUAAAUCAUGAUAACGAAAAUAUAACCCAUGUGGAAGCUAACAAAUGCAAAAAUAAAAAAUUUAAACUGAUGUUAGAAAAACACCCAAUUUGUCAAAAUUCAUCUGUUGAGGAAAUAUGCCCUGCGGAAAAAAAGUACUCUAAUGAGCUGAGCAUAAUAAAUUCUCACAAAAAUGACGAACGUAAUUCUCAUGAACUUGAAAUUUCAACAUCAGAAGAUGUAACAAUGAAACAUUGGAAAUGUAAUGGAAAAAACAAGGAGGAUUUAUGCAAAAUAAUUCCCUUAUAUGAUAACACACAGAACUCUGAAAAAAGAGACACACUGAAAAGAGCACACGUAAAAGGGGUAAUAUUGGAUCAGGAGUGUACUAAUGAAAAAGAAAAGAAAAAAAAAAAAAAAAAAAAAAAAAAAAAAAAAAAUAAAAAAAAAAAAACACGUAAAAGGGGUAAUAUUGGAUCAGGAGUGUACUUAAAAAAAAAAAAAAAAAAAAAAAAAAAAAAAAAAAAAAAAAAAAACACAAAUUACCACAAACUAUCCUUUCAUAUCAACCCUAAUUUUUCCAUUCCACGUGUCCAUAAUUAUCAUAUAUGCAGUAAUGUAUAUACUAAGUGUCACAUAAGAAAGAAAAAAUGUAACACAAAUAAUGAAACUGUUAUAUAUUUUCGUUUUUCUAGAAAUAAAAUGUUAGCCUCAAAAGGGAUGAAAAAAAAAAAUGUAAAUAUUCAAACGAACGAAGUAGACAUGCAUGCAUUCAAAACAGCUAAAACAGACAAUUGUCGUGAACACAUUUUGGACAAUGUUCAAGGUAUCAUUUCUCCUUCUGAAUACAUGGAAACAUCUUACCAUUUAAAAAAAAAAAGUGAUGGCCUCAAAAUCACGUCUAAUCUUACCAGUGUUCAUAAAAGUAAUAGAAUAAUAGGAGAUGAAGGAGAACGGAACGGCCAUGCCGUUCAUGUAAAUCAUAACGUGUAUAACCAAAAGAAAGAUAUUAACAUCAUCAAAACAGGUAAUAUCAAAAAUGAGAAAUAUCUUGAUAUAAAAAAUUAUAAAUGGGGAAUAAAUUCGAAUAAUGCUAAGGAAAUUUGCCAACAUAGUUGCACUACAAACGUACUGAUAAAUGACAAAAAAGAAUUAUCAAAUGUGGAAUCUAUUCAUAUGAAUGAUAUGGUAAAUGACUUCCUCCAUUUUAAUAAUGAUAAUAGAGAGUACACUAUUUUGAGAAAAUCAAAGGUUAGGAGCAAAUAUGAUAAUAGUCUCUCUGAUAAAGUUAUUUCCAAAAAUGAAAUCAGCUUAACUGCUUCAGGACGUGAAAUUCCACCAGCUUAUAACAUUUCCAAAAAUGAAAAAACAUAUAAUAAUGUCAUUUCAGAAAAUCACAGUAACAAUAUGAAUAUCCAUGAAAUGAAGGGAUUAGUACAAGAAAUAGAGUUGAAACGAUGGGAAGAAUAUAUCUGCAUAUACUUAUAUGGAUCAAAUAAAGCUGAGCUUGGAAAAUUUAAAAUCGAACUGGACAUAUUAGAACAAAACUGCAAACUCUUUAAAGGUUUAAACAUAAAAUCUCAAUUAAUUGACUAUCCAUGUUCAAAUGUCAAUCGAAAGAUUUGUCGAAAUGCUGACGAACAUCCCAACAAUAAAAUCGAACCAACAACAUUUAUUAUCAAGAAAGAGGACAUCAUAGAAAAUUACUGCAACCAUUUGUCUCUCAACGAGAAGAGGAAAUAUAUUUACCAAAUCAUUAGUAUCUCAUUGAGCGCUGAAAAUUUCAUGAUCCUAUUUACAUUGUUAAAAAUGAAAAAUAAAAUGAACAUACUAUUUGUAGAAAUCAACAAAAUAACAGCAGAAAUAAAAAGUUUAAUUAAAGUAAUAGAUAAAAAACUGGAAGAACUAGCUAAUCUAAUACCUCAUUUGGAACUUAUAAGGAAUAUAAAAAAAGAGACAAAAACUAUAGUAAUAAAAAAUUGGAUGGAUUUUUUUCUAUGCAUAACUAGUGUGUAUAGUAAUAUUUGCACUUUGGUAAAAGCUCAGAAUUCUAUUUUUUCAUUUUUUAAAUUAAAUGACGAAAUGAUUAGUAGUUAUUUAUUUUUUGUAAAAAAAUUUUCAAACUACAUAUCUUUCAAUGUGCUUGAAAUACAAAAAUUUUAUGUCCAAAUAAAAAAUAUGCAAAAUGAGGAAACACAAAAUUACUUAAACAGAGAUGAAAAAAACAUACUUGCAAAUAUUUACAACAAUUUAGUGAAUCACUUAAAUACUGAUUAUAAAAAAAUAUUCAUCUUUAGAAAAAUAUUAGAUAUAUAUUUAAUUGAAUUAAAAAACUUUAAAAAUUAUCAAAGGGAUUAUACCAUUAACAAAAUUAACAUUUUAAUCAGUUCAAAAUGUCCAUAUGAUCUUCUAAUCUUUUCAGUGCUAGUUAAAUCCAAAUGUAUGUGUGAAAUAAGUGUAAGAAAUAUUUGCAACAAUUUUGACCUUACCAAUUUUCAGAAAAACAAAAAGAUCUACUCUCUUUUUUUAAAUAAAAAAAUUAAAAAUAAUAUUUUAAGAAAAAUAAAAAAAUAUAUAGGGGGAAAUACAUAUACAACAUUAAAAAACAUUUUUUUUUACAAUGAAUUAAAUAGUCUUAUGAAAAAUGCAUUACAUAACAUUCAUUUUAGAGAAGAUCAACAUACCGAACAAUGUGAAGGAGUAUUGGAAGAUGAUUACUGGGAUGAAAACUUUGUUCAUUCCCCUCGUGAUAUGGAUAAAAAUGUUCAUAAUUUCUUUCAUAUGACUGAACUAUGUAGUCCUUGUGAUACCAAAAAAGAGAAUUUGAAAAAAAGAAGCAAAUUAAGGGGAGAGGAAGAAGAAGAAGAAGAAGAGGGGGGAGAUGAUGGUGGUGACAAGGAAAUUAAGCGUGCCGAAAGUAAAAAUUCAAUUAAAGAGAAUUACAAAGUAAUGGUAGAAAGAAACGAUACGAUUUUAUCAAAUGCUACAACAAAUAAUAUGUCUACAUGCUCUUCACUUAACAAUGGUGAAGAUUCCAAGUAUUUGCAAAAUAUAGACAAAAUGUUGAAAACAAAAAAUGCGUUAACCAUAGUCAGAAAUAUCAGAAAGUCCUUAGAUAUAAGCAAUUUCUCAACGUCUAACAGUUGCUUGGAGGAGGAAAAAAAAGAUUCAUGCUAUAGAAAAUUCAUUCAAGGAAAGAAAUCUAAAAAUUCCUUUUCUUGCGCUGUGCAGGAGCAUUUAAACAGAAAAGUACAUCAUAAAAAUGAAGAAAAUUGCAUUAAGUUAAAGUGCGAAAAUAAAAAAAAAGUUUUAGCAAAUGAAAUUGAUCGACUGAAAAAGGUAUUCAAAUCGUAUGAACGUGAAGGAAAAAGAGAAAAAAAAGAAGAAGAGGGGGAAGAAAAAGGAGAAAAUAAAGCAAAAGGGGGAGAAGAAAAAAAACAAGGAAAAAAAAAAAAAAUUGGUAAUAAUAACGUGGGUCGUCACUCUGGACAAAACGGACAGCUUAGUUUGCUAAGGAAUCAACCCACAGAUGCAUAUUGUGACCGAGGAGUGGAAAAGGAGCAAUUUAGAUCAUUUAUUCAAAAUAGUGAGAACGAAAAUGCGGCCAAGAAAACUCUAUCCAAGAAAAGGAACAAAAUCCAAAAUGACAAAAGUUUGAAUAGUAAACAUAUUUCUGAUUCGAUGCUAUUUGAGACAAAGAAUCCUGAACAAUCAUACAAUAUGAAACAAAAUAUAAGGAGAGACAAAAAUGAAAAUAAAAAAAUAAAAAUUCGUGAAAACAUUAAAAAUAUAAAAGAAAUCGAAAAAAAUUACAAGGAAUUGCAAGAAAUUCAAAGGAAAGAGAAAUUCAAAAAACAGCUAAAAGAAUUGAAACUAAAAAAAAUAACUAAAAGGAAUAACAUAAAUCUUCUAAAAAUUAGAGGAAUAAAAAAUAUUAAAAAAAAAUUAUUUACCUCGUUCGUUAAGAAGGAUAUUAAUGCAUUAGACACAAUAAUAAAGUUUAAAAUAAAUGGAAAACAGGAAUUUAACACGUCAGAUAAGGGUACGAGUAAAAAGGAAAGAAACAGUCCAAUCUCCAAUGCAAAACAAAGGGAUAUUCCUAGUAAUCAAACAAAAUAUAACAGUACACAAGAGAGCUUAUCAUACCUUACUAGGGACGGAGAAAAUAAAGAUAUAAAGUAUAUUUUGAACAAUUUGAACCUUAUAUCUAGAAAAAAGAGUAAAAGUAAUUCUGUGUUUAGAAGCGAAAAUGAAGAAGAGAACAAUCAGGGUAUACAUCAAAAGGAAUCUGUUUAUGAGCACUUUACUUAUGACAAUUUGAAUAAGUUUAAUGAUGAGAAAUUUAAAAAAAAUGACCUAAACAGUUCAUACAAAAAUAGAAAUAAUGAAUAUUUAAAUUAUGAAAAUAUGGAAAUGGCAGUUACAAAAAGAGCCAACAAAACAGACAGGGCAGUAAAAGCUGUAAAUGAUAAAAUUUUUAUAAAAUGUAAAAAACAAAGAAAUUUAAAAGAGGCAAAUACAGAUUGUGAAGAUAAUAAUAUCCCGUAUAAUGAAAAGAACAAAAAAUAUGGUAAUCAUGGUACGAAGGAUAACUUGGAUUAUUCCUUGUCUGACAAAGAAAUGUGUGAACAAUCACCACCGGAAACACACUUUUUUGUUGCAAUAGAGGAUUACAAUGAUCAUACGGAUAUGAUUUUUUCCCCUAGACAAAAUGAAAACACAACAGAUCGAAGCAACCUGGAAUCGUCUAAUCAAAAUAUAAAGUAUAAGUUUUCAGAUUACACUAAAAAAUGCAAGAAAGAGGAAAAAAGUGAUAUUUUUAUACAAAAUAAUUCUAUACAAGAAAAAUUCCAAAAUAGGAACGAAGGAACAUGUUGUGAAAAUGCGGAAAGCAGGAGUUACAUUAUUGACGAUUUGGAUUGCCCAAGUGAGGUAAUGAUGAUAGAGAAAAAUCAUUCACAAAUGCAGCAACAAGGAGAUACAAACAUACACGAAAUGACAGAUGAAAAGUCAUUCAAAUUGUUUAAGAAAAAAGAAAGAAUGGUUGGUCCUAUCACCAAUGAAAAAUACGUUCAAACUGAAUACUACACAUUUCCAAAAAUACAAGUUAAGUAUAAGGUAAAUACAAAAAUGAUCAGUGGUAGAAAAAUAAAAGAAAAAACAAAUGAUUAUUUUUCUAUAUGGGGAACAUAUAAAACUAGGGAAUCAAUAGAGAGACGAAGAAGGAUUGAUAAUUAUGCAAAGACUCUUAGAACAUUGGGAUCAUUAAGAAAUAUUGAAAUAUCUCUAAAACGUAUUAAAAAUGUAGAAAGCAAAGUUAAAAGGAAAUAUAUUAUUGAAUUACUCAAACGGAGACAACAUGAAAGAAUUUUAACGAACCAUCUGAUCUAUAGGGAUGGAUACGUUUUUUUAAAAAAAAAUCCUCCCUCAAAAUUUUAA